AUGACAGAAGCAGAAUAAACAUUUUACGUCUCUCCCAUUGCCAAUCCAAUAGCCAACAGCAAAUUAUAGAAAGGACUUCUUAGAUUUAUUGCCAGAUGUAAUGAUGUAUUGAUGAUUUAGAAAUAACCAUUAAACAUAUUAAAAGAGGAGUGAAGGAAGUCGGAAAGGCAUUGAGAAAGAAGACCCCUGGAAUUGUUGUCUUUGCUGCUGACAUUAGUCCCGUAGAUGUAUUAUCUCAUUUACCACUGUAAUGCGAGGAAUUAGGAAUUCCCUACAUUUAUGUGAGAAGCAGAUUAGAAUUAGGUAAUCAUAAAUUUGUUAUUCUUCUAGGGGCUGCUGCAUAAACUAAAAAGCCAACAAGUGUAGUCUUGGUCCAAGUACCAACUAAAGACGACGUGAAAGGAUUAGAAAAAUAUCAUGAAUUAUUUGACAAAGUCAAGGAAAGCAAUCCCUUCAUUUGAUAAUUUAUUCAUUUAUCAAUUAUAUUAAUAAAUAAGCC